AUGCAGUAUGCGACACCUCCGCGCACCGAAGACUCCCUUGGCCCGAGCAUGGCCCAGCACCAGCAGACCGUCGACCCAAGUCAGUACCAAGGAAAUAUCAAGGCAGGCCAGAGCACCAGGCGACUCCUGGACAGCAAAGUCACCUUCAUCUGCGUUGGCCUCCUGCUGCUGACGAUGAUGUGCAUAGUUCCCAUCUGGAAUGCCGCGGCGCUGAUGUCAGACGAAAACUACGUCUUCUGGGUGGGCCGAGCAACACCAGUAUCCAUAAUGACGCUGACGAUCGGUCUCGUUUUGCUGUACGUGGCCACGGUUUUCGUUUUCGUGGGUUGCGCCAGGUCACAGUUUUCUGAGCAGACGGUAAUGAUGAUGGCGAACAUUUUCAUCACGCUGCUAGGCCUGAUUCUUAUUUUGAUGUCGCUGCCGUUGACCAGGGAGUCCGUGGAGACCUACACGACUCUGAUGCACCAGUGCGAUGUUGCACCGCAAACACACCGGCUGUACGAAUACUCCCAGGUCCUGCAAAAUAUACGUGCUACCCCAGAGUGUGCUGCUAAGUACUCUGUGGAGGAAUGCGUUGGAUACGAGGAGGCGGUGCCUUACACUUCAUUUUUGAAGAGCAUGGAGGGGCGAUACCGGUGCGCUGGCUUCUGCUAUCAUCCCACAAACGCAGAUGCCCUUCUGGCCGCGCCGUUUCAAACAUUCGGGCCCGCUCCAGGCAACAGCUUCUGCGGGGGCGACUACCUGGCCUCGACCAGUGUCCUGUCGAUGCCAGACUGCGAGGCGAGGUGCAGGGAGGACGGGAGGUGCAGGUAUUUCAGCUACUGGGCCACCGGGAAGUCCCACUGGUGCCACACGACGGCCAGGUGCGACACCCUAGAGAGGGACGGGGACCAGGUGGUCUGGAUCUACUCCCGGCCGGAGGCGGCCGUGGAGCCCGGGCGCUGGCAGUACGCCCAGGAGACCAAGGGCGGCCCGUCCCGGGACAACGUCACGAGCCAGCGGGCCGCGGGGCACCAGGUGGCCAGCAGGCCGCCCCGCUUGGGCGCUGCCGCCGCCGCCGCCUCUCCGGGUGGGCCUUCGCUCAGAUGCUGA